CUGUACUGUGUCCGCAGUCUCUGGUCAUCUCCUGUACUGUGUCCGCAGUCUCUGGUCAUCUCCUGUACUGUGUCCGCAGUCUCUGGUCAUCUCCUGUACUGUGUCCGCAGUCUCUGGUCAUCCCCUGUACUAUGUCCGCAGUCUCUGGUCAUCCCCUGUACUGUGUCCGCAGUCUCUGGUCAUCCCUGUACUAUGUCCGCAGUCCCUGGUCAUCUCAUGUACUAUGUGCGUCUUAUG